UUCUGCCUCAAGAAGGAGCUCGCGCGAGAGAGACCGAAAUAAUUGGGCCCCGUGUGUUGGUCUAUCUCUAUAGUCUAUGGUCGGAAACGAUCAUAGAGAUUCAAAAGCAAAACAAGACCCCAAAGUCCGCUGUCUCCGAUUGACGUUGGGGGUGCUCCAAUCAACAGCGCGCUUGCGUCUUUACGCCAAGCGGCCCGCUCUUUUGGCGCGAGAUCUGUAGCAGAAGCAGCUGGCUGGGAUUGUGGGGUAGGAGGAGCCCCUCAGAGAGUGUAGGACGGUGUGUGGGAGGGGGCGGUUUCCUUCCCAUCGGGCUGGAGAUGUAGCGUCCCUUAUUUCUCCCCUCCCUAGAAAAUAGCGCACACACCCCAUCCCUGCGAUUUUUCUCCAGCACCUUGUUUGGGCAAGAGGUGCCUACCUCGAGGUCAUUUUGUCACUCCAGGCAGGGGCGUAACUACCAUUAGGCAAGGGGUAAGCCUUGUUACGCCCCUGACUCCAGGUCUCUCCAAUUAUCUCCUCCACUCUUUGUUAUCACCUCUUCUCUCCCUUCAAUGAACAUCUCUAGGACCUCCUGCUUCCUCCUUAUUCUUUGCCUCCUUCCGUUUCUUUAGGUCCCCUUCCCCAUAAUCUCAAAUUAUCUGUCGUCUUCAGGAGAUGACCUUUUCCAUUUCUGUUCUCAUAUAAGUUGUUUUCCCCUCUGACACUGCACUCACUCCCACCCCAGAACUUGUGCUCUCCUUGGUUGCUGCCAUGGCUCUGAUGGCUGGAGUCAUCCAUCGGCUGGAUGAGACUGUGGUCAACCGUAUUGCAGCUGGAGAGGUCAUCCAGAGACCGGCCAAUGCCAUUAAGGAGAUGGUGGAGAACUGUUUGGAUGCCAAAGCUUCCAGUAUCCAAGUGACUAUUAAGGAUGGUGGUUUGAAACUAAUUCAGAUCCAAGAUAAUGGUUGUGGAAUUAGAAAAGAAGAUAUGGAUAUCGUGUGUGAGAGAUUCACUACAAGUAAACUACAAACUUUUGAAGAUCUAGCUAGUAUUUCUACGUAUGGUUUUAGAGGCGAGGCACUGGCUAGUAUAAGUCAUGUUGCCCAUGUUACUAUAACAACUAAAACAGCAGAUGGAAAGUGUGCAUACAGGGCAAGCUAUUCUGAUGGAAAAUUGAAGACUCCCCCCAAACCUUGUGCUGGAAAUCAAGGGACUCAGAUCACAGUUGAAGAUCUAUUUUACAAUGUGACUACAAGAAGAAAAGCUUUAAAAAAUCCAAGUGAAGAAUAUGCAAAAAUCCUGGAAGUUGUUAGCAGGUAUGCCAUUCACAACUCUGGCAUUAGCUUUUCAGUUAAAAAGCAAGGCGAUACGUUAGCUGAUGUCAGAACACUGUCAAAUGCUUCAGCUGUCGACAAUAUUCGGUCCAUCUUUGGAAAUGCUGUUAGCAGAGAGUUAAUUGAAGUGAGCUGUGAAGAUGUAGCACUGGCUUUUACAAUGAAGGGGUAUAUCACCAAUGCAAACUAUUCAGUGAAGAAAUGCACCUUUUUGCUCUUCAUAAAUCAUCGGCUGGUGGAGUCAAGUGCUCUGCGAAAAGCAAUAGAGACUGUAUAUGCUGCUUAUUUACCUAAAAACACACAUCCAUUCUUAUAUAUAAGCCUUGAAAUAGCCCCUCAGAACGUAGAUGUAAAUGUCCACCCUACAAAACAUGAAGUUCACUUCCUUCAUGAAGACAGCAUCUUGGAGCGUGUACAGCAGCACAUUGAGAGCAAACUCUUGGGCUCUAACUCAUCCAGGAUGUAUUUCACCCAGACAUUGCUUCCAUGUGUUACUGCUUCUUCUACUGAUGUUGUUAAAUCAGCAAGUUCUUCAAGUAAUCAAGGGACAGGAGACAAGGUAUAUGCUCAUCGGAUGGUCCGCACUGAUUCCCGGGACCAGAAGCUAGAUGCUUUUCUUCAGCCAGCUAAUAAAUCCAAGACUUCUGGAUUUGCUGCUGUGGCACCAGAGGACAGUAGCACCAAUCAGAGCUGCAAGAAUACUGGACCACAAGAUGCUGAGAUGAAAGAUUGCAGUGACCUGGAAACAGCUUUGGAGUCACCAGAAAACUCAAAAGAAAGUAAACUGAUGUCUCCUGAAGCCUUACCUGCUCGAAAGAGGCUGAGAACAGAUUGUGAUGUAGAAAUGGAGGAACAUGCAAGACAGGAAAUGACUGCUGCCUGCACUCCUCGGCGGAGGAUUAUUAACUUAACCAGUGUAUUGACCCUUCAGGAGGAAAUUGGCAAUCGGGCACAUGCAAGUCUUCAAGAGAUGUUACGGGAUCACUCCUUUGUUGGGUGUGUUAAUCCUCAGUGGGCACUGGUGCAGUAUCAGACAAAACUGUAUCUUGUCAAUACUACAAAGCUCAGUCAAGAAAUGUUCUACCAGAUCCUUAUUUAUGACUUUGGAAACUUUGGAGUUUUGAGGUUGUCAGAACCAGCUCCUCUAUAUGAUCUGGCCAUGCUAGCCCUGGAGAAUGCUGAAAGUGGCUGGACAGAAGAAGAUGGGCCAAAGGAAGGCCUUGCUGAAUAUAUAGUUCAGUUUCUAACAAAAAAGAGCGAAAUGCUGAAAGACUAUUUCUCACUUGAAAUUGAUGAGGUAAACUGGGAUGAGGAAAAGGAAUGUUUUGAAAGUCUUAGUAGAGAAUAUGCCAUGUUCUAUUCUAUUAGAAAGCAAUAUAUAAUGGAAGAGUCGGAUCUUACUGCUCAACAGGCAGAAGAAGCUGAAGCAGAAACAAGAUCAUGGAAGUGGGCAGUUGAACAUGUGCUUUACAAAGCUUUUAGGACAUCCCUCUUACCCCCUAAGAACUUCAGAGAAGAUGGCAAUAUUUUGCAGCUUGCUAAUCUACCAGACCUGUACAAAGUCUUUGAGAGGUGCUGAACAUGGGCAAAUAAAUAAAGGCCUCCAGUUAUUUAUUAA